CUACGCCUGUACGCCUGGAGCUCAUUUGCCUUGCAAAUACUUUAUUGUUACAUGCUGAGUCCCUCCCUACUCCUUAAAUUACUAACUCCACCCCAAAAGAGAACUUUUGCUGAAACUGCUGGAGGAAAGACGGAUCUUGCCCCUGAAACCAUGGGACCUGUCAGCUACUCAUCAGAGACCUAUGACUUGAGCCAGGUGGAGCUGAGCGGUUACUAUGAAGCAGAGAACAGCACCCCUUCUUUGGAGGGCUACUUUUGCUUCAACCCAGCCUCCUCUGUGGUUGGCAACCAGAGCGACGCCUUCAGAAAGGUCUUCAUGCCCCUCAUCUAUCUGCUGAUGUUUGUGCUGGGGACUGUGGGCAAUGCCCUGGUCCUGGUCAUUUUAGAGAGGUUCAAGCGGUCUCGCACUACCACGGAGAACUUCCUCUUCCACCUCACCCUGGCCAACCUGGUGCUGUUGUUCACCUUCCCCUUCAGCGUGGUGGAGAGCUUGGCCGGGUGGGUAUUCGGGAAGUUCCUCUGCAAGAUCCUCAGUGCUGUCCACAAGAUCAAUUUCUACUGCAGUAGCAUGCUGCUGGGGUGCAUCGCGGUGGACCGCUACCUGGCCAUCGUCUACGCAAUCCACACCUACCGCAAACGCAGAACUCGCUCCAUCCACCUCACCUGCAUGGCCGUCUGGCUCUGCUCACUGCUGCUGACCUCACCCGAUCUCAUCUUCAUGGAAGUCUGGACAGACGACAGCAACCGCAGCAUCUGCUAUUUUCCAGAGGUUGGGAUCGACGGCAACAACGCCUGGCUGGCGACCCGCUUCCUCUACCACACCGUGGGCUUCUUUGUGCCCCUCCUGGUCAUGUGUUACUGCUACACAGCCAUCGUCCGGGCUCUGUGUCAGUCCCAGCGCCUGCAGAGGCAAAAGGCUGUCCGCGUGGCCAUCCUGGUCACAGGCGUCUUCCUGCUCUGCUGGAGCCCGUACCACAUCGUCAUCUUCCUGAACACGCUUACCAAGCUGGAAGCCUUCACCAAGAACUGCCUCCUGGAAGACCAGCUGGACACAGCCAUCAUGGUGACAGAGGCCAUCGGCUUCACACACUGCUGCCUCAAUCCCAUCCUCUACGCCUUCAUCGGAGUCAAGUUCCGUAACGACUUCUUCCGGAUCCUGCAGGAGCUCGGCUGCAUAAGCCAGGAGACCCUGCAGGAGAUCCUGGAGGUGACGAGGAAGGGCAGCGGGAUCGAGUCUGACAACACCACCUCUAUCUCUACUUUCUAGCCGGGAAAGGCAGCCUGCAGGGCACACCUGUCCUGGGGCUUGCCUUCCCAGUGGCACGUGUGCUGUGGCCUCAGUCCCAAGUUUCACAAGCAUCCCCACCACUUUCUUCACUCCUCAGGAAACCGAGGCCCAAUAGCCUCCAAACACCCAAAUCCCACCAGAUCUCUUCCCUGGCUCUUUCUGGUUCUCACACCUGCAGAAAUCUGUCCGGCGGUUGAUGGCGGACACUGGCUGGCCGACGGUCACUCUGGCAGGGCCGGAUGAACCCGAGCGGGUUGCACCCAACGGUUCCACGUCUCCCUCGAAAACCUGAGCGCAGGCGGCUCCGUGCACGGAGCCAGGCACGAGAUCGAGGUGCCGGGGGGCAGGGAAAGAAGCGCAGACAAGUAAACGUGGAGUUUACUUGUGAGUAAAGCGUCAGUGAGCAAGGACUGGGGGCGAAAGCUAAGCAGGUCUCCGUUUCACUGGCUCAGGCUGGUGGAGGCAGGCCUGAAGGAAGCAGCAGGACGCAAUGGCCAUGGCACACAGAACGAGGCGCAGGUAGGACCAGCGGGGGAUGCAGAGGUCGCUGCAAUAGCAUGGGCAGGUGGUGCUCGACAGUCUCCGGCUGCAAUAUUGCUCCUCCUGCUGCCUGACAUUCGCCCCCUCCCCAGCCAGCCACGGCACAUUGAUUUUCCCAACUUGGCUCAUGCCAGGAGGUCCUGCCACGGACUCAGAGAUGUGACUGUCAUGGAUUCCUUUCCUGACAUCGACUGCAUGCUUUCCCGCUCACUUGACCUGUUUUAUUGCUGUUAAGAGCUCCAGUGAGUGACUGCCGAACUGACCGCCUGACUACGCAAAAGCUUUCCUUUAAGGAAGAAAGCUGCCUGGAGAGAUGGCUUCUCUCUUGUGCCUGAGCACGGGGGAGAUGAACCGUAUGGCUUUGUGAGGCUGAAGGUGUAACUUUUGGGGUUUUUGCAGCUAGUUGUAAGGCACUUUGUGCGUUCUGAGAGCAAGGAGACCCACUGCCCCAGGGUAAGGAAAAGAGCUCGUUUGCAUAAUUUCUGUGUUCGUUUUUAGCGGGCUGAGAGGGAACGUAGCAUUUUGCUUUGCACCGUACUUUCCGAUAUUUUUGCUCUACCUGCAUCUACGGGGCUUUCAGAGGUUUAGUGCAUCCAGGUUGACACAGAACUAACCUGGGCGCUGAUCUUGCCCUGAACCGGGAGUAUCCAGCAGCUGCUCAGAUCGGGCUGCUCGACAACAAUUUGGUCCAAAAUAAGAGCGUCAGCUUUCGCCGUCACUAAUAAUUGUGCCGCAAGAUGACGCGUGGGCAGCCCCAACAGACACGCAGCCUGCUGCUUCCUAGGAGGUCUUGUCACAGGAUAACAUCGCAGCAGCCCGCACGCAGCGCUGCUCGGUGACAUUUCUCUUGCUAGCUAAGCAGUGCUGUGGCCCUAACUCUGCGAGGGCCGUACGUACCAGCUGUCACACGAGCGCGGCCCUAAUCACGAGCACACUUCAAAAUCCGCUCUACCAUUCGCCUCGCUUUUUAAGCAAAGUUGGAGCAGCGUCAGUUCUGCUGCUGCAGCAAGAAUUUUGUGCUAAACUCACUUCUGAAGUGCAACCCGCUAACAAAGAGCUCGGUUGCGGCUGAACUUCACUGUACCCAAGGGCCCUGCUAAAAAGACCAGUCAUUAUGGAAGGGGUCACGUUACACCAGUCCAGCUCAGGCAGAGAUCUCAAUAGCUCAAUCUCAAACUGUGACUCGAGGAGAAAACUCCCCAAGCGUAAGGCCUUUUAUACAAAAAGCAGUCCACCAUUUCCUGCAGCGCUGCGUCUUCAAAGCUGAAACCUGCAGGUAAUGGCGACUGUGGUUGUCCAAGCACGUACCCGCAGCGGAGGAAGAGCGGCUCUCUGAAGCCUGCCCUCGCUACCUCCACGGUUGUACUGGUGAGCAAAGCUGUUGCAGGUGCAUUGUGAACACCUCCCCAGCCCCAGUUCUGAUGGGAACUGCGUUCCCACGCAAAAGCGUUACUAAAGAAAUGAACAGUCAGGGUGUAACAUUCGUACAGCGUUUGCAAGGUAAAAAGAAAAUCUGCACACAAAACAGGGGCGGACAGAUCACGCGUCUAUCGUUACUAUAGAUUCUAGUACUGGCAUGUUGGUAAACUUUUUAGAAGUUUUGAC